UCCCGAUCUCGCGUCCCUGGCACAAUCAUGUCCCCAGGCUGAUCUCUAACGGCUUAUUGGUCAAUUACGCAUCAUGGCUCUGCGUCGACCCCACCAGAAAUCUAGACAUGGUUGCAGGACAUGUAAGCGUCGAAGAGUCAAGUGUGACGAGGCUAGGCCGAUUUGUUCCAAUUGCGAACACCGAAAAGAAACCUGCGACUAUGACACCGAUUCAUCACUUAUAUGGGCUAGCAAUAGGAAGUUGCGACGAAGAGGUCAAAGGCGGACGGAAUCUCUAGAGCCCAGCCUGCUAGACCAGUCCACUUCAGCCAGUGCUACGUUCGACCUCCUGAACCGAUUCGGUGCGGAUGAUGAUCCCACGGUUCCCUCCAUUACAUUGAACAUGAAUCAACUUGAGCUCAUUCUGCAAUGGAACAACGACACCCACCGAUUCUUCACCCGUAAUGAGGAAACAAGACACAUUUGGCGAGACUUGAUCAUCGAGGAAGCUUUUAAUACUCCAUUUUUGAUGCACGGUGUCCUGGCGGUAUCCGCGCUGCAGCUUUCCUUAUCCAAAGCCGAGCACCAGCGAGCCUUCUGGCUUGGUAUAGCCGCGGCACACAAGGGUCAAGCUCUUCCACCAUUCCUCGCAAACUUCUCGGACAUCAAUGCGGCCAACGCCAAAGCAAUGCUGGGCUUUGCUAGCUUAGUUGUUGCCUUUGCAUUUGGUUCGGCACUCACAGGGCGCUCUGAUCCCGAGAAACCUAGUCUAGAUGCGCUAAACGACGCGUUCAUUCUAUGCCGAGGUGUCCAGGAAAUUACUAGUACCGCAUCACCAUUUUUGCGUGAGAGUAAUUUCGCCCCUCUUUUUGAUCUCUCGCGCCCCGUCGUCAACAUUCCCAGUUCUACAACAGAGGCGCUCGACCGUCUUGCAAGCAUGAACACAACGUCUUGGCUCGGCGAACAGCAUGACACUGCGACAUAUACCCGCGUUAUUCAAGCGCUAAGAGACCUCCUUCCGUACACGUAUCUUGAACCCACCUCCAUGACCCUAGCGGCAGGAUGGGCAAUCAGAUCCCCACCUGCUUAUCUAAACAAUUUGCAGAAUCGAGAGCCUUUUGCCCUGGUCAUCCAUGCUCAUUACUGCGCCUUCCUUCACAUAGCACGUGAAAACUGCUUCAUCCAAUUUUGGGGCAGUGCCGUUCUUCGCGACAUUUGGCAUAUAUUAGACUCGAAUUGGAAACAACAUAUUGAAUGGCCUAUAAACGAAGUAUUUGGGCCAGGACAUAUACUAUGAGCAAGUCUUAAGAGCACUUAUAACACAAAACCACCGAUCAUCUGGAUGAAACAACCCAUGUUUGAAUACCUUUAUUUAGCCCUCCUGUGCUCGAUACAAAUGCGCAUUUUGAUAACAGUUCUAGAUUUUUUCCAGGGCGCUGAUGUACGUCCUGCCACAUCUACGAUUAUACGAUGCGACCAUCCCUUUUAUGGUGUGCAGUGCAAUUGGCUUCGGUGUAUCUGGGUUGGCUAUUCGAGCAUGGAUAAAUCCCCCAACAUCCAUUUCCACCAAAAAUUGUCCAAGAUCAGCAUCAUCAUGCCGGAGUAUAGACUUCGGCCUCAAGAAUUUCCAACUUAUCGUCUGCGUCGAGGGAAAUCGUGGCACUCUCUCCAACCGUGGCAUUGAGGUCCAAUGUCACAUACCCCAGUGACUUCGCCGUUCUCCCCUUCCAUACAACCUUGCCACCUACAGUCACUUCGACGGGGUACUCUUUGUUCCGAAAAUCGUUGAGCUUCAGUACCAUCUGUGAAACAUUGCCAGGUGCUUCCCACGAAUAUUUAAUCCAGGCGGUCUCUUUAUUUGCGUUGGAGGACCAUUGAGUUCUUUCAUCAUCGUCAUACGAUGCUUUACUGUUGUCCUUGUCGGAACCAGCCGUGGCAUUGGAUAAUUGGACAGCCUUGCGUGAUGUUGUGUAAGAACGUCCUUGGGGAGUAGGGCCUCGAGAGAGGUUCGAAGAGAGAUUAUCCCCAGGCAGUUGGUGUGACUCUUCCAACAGUUUCUGUCGAUCUCAACAUCACACGAUUGACACCAUUCUCAACAGGUAGCGAAGUUGCGAGAAUGUAAUUGUCCAGUCCUUGUGCCAGCCCACCACGCCAAGUGGCCUCUCCAUCUAUCUUGAAAUCAAUCUGGUUCAAUGCAGUCGGAACUCGCUGGUUGUUUGCAUCUACCACCUCCACGUCCACUAGAGCAAUAUCGGCUCCGUUGGCGAGAAAUCCAUCCGGCGCGACGUGCUUUGUGAGACGGAUCGCAGUCGCCUUUCCCGUUGUCACCUUCUUGCCUAUGACCGCCUUCUCGCUGCCGGAAUGGCCAACGGCAUGCAGCUCACCGGACUCCCAGGUGACAUUCUUGAAUGUGAACAGGAAGCGGUCGCUCUGCUCUCCCCAUCCUAACGACUUCUCAUUCAAGAAGAGCUCUACUCGUUCAGCAGUAGAAAUGACGUAUACGUCCUUCGUUGUGCUGUCGUUGUAGUUCCAGUGACCUACAAUGUGUCCAGUCAUUUUUUCAACGUCGACCCAGUUGUCCCACAUC